AUGGAUGGUGGUGAAGCUGCUGCAGCGAGCAGUGUCGAUGGUGGAACAGAGUCCAUUCGUGCAGCGAUGUUCGACGUCAAGGGCAACAUGUUGGGACAAUUUGCGGCUCCAUACGAGACUCGGCAUCCACAUCCAGGAUGGGCAGAACAGGAUCCAGACGAGUGGUGGCAGAGCAUGGGUAAAGCAGCAUUGUGUGUGGAUACAACUUGCUGCACAGUGGUAGCUUUGGAUGAUCACAAGAAACCCUUGCGACCAGCAUUGCUUUGGAUGGACUGCAGAGCUGCAGAGCAGGCAUCUGAAAUUCUGUCGAGAUGUAAGGAUUAUGAGAAGGAGAAUGGAAUCACCAAGAGCCUGAUAGCUGUCAACUGUGAUGGCAAUGGUCCUAUCAGUGCUGAGUGGAUGCUUCCCAAGGCCCUCUGGAUCAAAGCGAAGGAGCCGGAGGUCUGGAAGAAGAGUUCUACUAUAUGCGAGUAUCAAGACUUCAUCAACCUCAAGCUCACCGGGACACUCUGUGUCUCAAGUUGCAAUGCUGCGGCAAGGUGGCAUUGGAACGGACGAGAAGCAGUCGAGAAGGCUGAUGGAACAGGGGGGAGACCUCUAGAGCUGCUGCGAGCCAUAGACCUUGAAGACUUGCAAGAGAAAUGGCCGACAAGAUGUCUUGCAAUGGGGCAAGUGAUAGGAAAGAUCACUAAAGCAGCUGCAGACCACUUGCAACUGGCCGAGCACGUCGAUAUCGUGCAGGGCGGCCCAGACGCUUUUGUGGGGAUGGUGGGAUUGGGGUGUGUCGCUCCUGGUCUCCUGGGGCUCAUCACUGGAUCCAGCCACCUGCACGUGGCGGUGACGUCGGAGGCGAGGACAGCGAAGAACAUGUGGGGUGCGUAUGUCGGAGCUCCCCUUCCUGGCCUGUGCUUUGUGGAGGGAGGGCAGUCGAGCACGGGGAGCGUGAUGAGGUGGUCAAAGUCCCUGAUCUCCGGCAAGGAUGAGGAAGGCAUGGAGUACAAGGACUACGACCUGAUGGCUGCAAACGUCAGCGUCGGUUGCGAUGGCCUGGUUGCGCUGGAGACCUUUCAAGGAAGUCGAACUCCAACGACUGACCCGACAGCCCGCGGAGCUCUCGUGGGCCUGACGCUCAGUCACAGGAAACAGCACGUGUGGCGAGCUUUCCUUGAGUCCGUCUGCUAUGGCACUCGAGCUUGCAUCGACGGCUUGUCCUCAGCUGGGGUAGAGUUCCGGGAGAUCAAGAUGGCGGGAGGAGUGACGAGAAGCCAACUGUGGCUGCAGAUGCAUGCGGAUGUGACUGGUCUACCUGUGGUCUCCCCCCUCCUCCUCCUGCCUUUCAAACGUGCUUGA